AUGUCAAACGCACAAGCAAGCACGAGCGCAGACGCCGCUCGCCCGUCCAAGCGCAGUAAGAUGGGCGCUCCCGAGGUCGAGACCAUCGCCAACCCAUACUUGGCUCACCGGAACGGAGACGAUGCUUCCACUUCUACUGCCGCUGCCUCUGGUGGAAAAGGCUCGCUAGCAGACGACCAUCCGCUCGCCGGACUCAUCCCACGCAAGGUCACUGGCGCUCAGGCACGAAAGGUCAUGGAGGGCGACGUCAACCCCUUCUCCGUAGUGCCCAAGCCGUUUUCGAACGAGUACAAAAAGAUCCUCGCAAAGAGAAAUGACUUGCCUGUCUACGCACAGAUGGACGACUUCUAUCAGAUCUUCAAUGACAACCAGAUCAUGGUCAUGAUCGGCGAGACGGGUUCGGGCAAAACCACCCAAAUCCCGCAGUUUGUAGCCUACUCGGACCUGCCCAACACUCAAAAGACCAAGGGGGCCGACGGCAUCUUGGCUCCUCGCAUGAUCGCAUGUACGCAACCGCGUAGGGUCGCUGCCAUGAGCGUGGCCAAGCGUGUGGCCGAAGAGAUGGACGUUUCGCUCGGCAAGGAGGUCGGUUACACGAUCCGUUUCGAGGACGCCACCGAUCGCAGAACCACCUUUUUGAAAUACAUGACCGACGGUAUGCUCUUGCGCGAAGCCAUGCACGAUCACAACCUCGAACGCUACAGCUGCAUCAUUCUCGAUGAGGCGCAUGAACGUACGCUUGCCACGGACAUUCUCAUGGGUCUGCUCAAGGAGGUGGUGCAGAGGCGAUCGGAUCUCAAGCUAAUUGUCAUGUCCGCCACCCUCGACGCGCUCAAGUUCCAAAAGUACUUCAACAACGCUCCCUUGCUCAAGGUUCCUGGUCGAACCUUCCCUGUCGAGACCUUCUACACACCCGAGCCCGAGCCGGACUACCUGGAAGCCGCGAUCCGCACCGUCAUCAUGAUCCACCAGGCCGAAGACGCAGGUGAUAUUCUGGUCUUCUUGACGGGUGAGGAGGAGAUCGAAGACGCCUGCCGCAAGAUAAAGGCGGAGGCCGACGACCUUGCAGCUACCAAUCCGGAUCUCUGCGGACCGCUCAAGGUGGUGCCACUCUACUCUUCGCUGCCACCGGCACAGCAGCAGCGCAUCUUUGACGCCGCACCGGCCCCCCUGACGCCCAACGGUCCUCCUGGCCGCAAAGUCGUUGUCAGCACCAACAUUGCCGAGACCUCUUUGACGAUCGACGGCAUCGUGUACGUCGUCGACCCGGGCUUCAGCAAGCAAAAGGUGUACAAUCCUCGUAUCCGUGUCGAGUCACUGCUGGUGACGCCCAUCUCCAAGGCUUCAGCACAGCAGCGUGCAGGACGUGCUGGACGUACGCGCCCGGGCAAGUGCUUCAGGCUGUACACCGAGAAGGACUGGGCCAACGAGCUGAUCGAGCAGAGCUACCCGGAGAUCUUGCGAAGCAACCUGGCCAACACGGUGCUCGAGCUCAAGAAGCUCGGCAUUUCGAACCUGGUCACGUUCGACUACAUGGACCCGCCGGCGCCCGAGACCAUCAUGCGUGCGCUCGAGCUGCUCAACUAUCUGGCGGCGUUCGACGACGAAGGCAACCUGACACCGCUCGGCGAGAUCAUGGCCGACUUCCCGCUCGACCCUCAGCUAGCCAAGAUGCUGAUCGUCAGUCCCGAGUUCAAGUGUUCCAACGAGAUUUUGACCAUCGCUGCUAUGCUGUCGGUGCCCAACGUGUUUGUUCGACCCAACUCGCAAAAGCAGCAGGCGGAUGCGGCUCAGGCCGAGUUCGCCCACCCGGACGGCGACCACCUGACGCUGCUCAACGUCUACCACGCGUACAAGACAAACUGCCGCGACAAUAAGACCGCGGCCGACUGGUGCUGGCAGAACUAUCUGUCGCACCGUGCCCUGAUGCAGGCGGACAAUGUGCGCUCGCAGCUGCAGCGUUUGAUGGAGCGCCACAAUCUUGACUUGGUUUCGACGCCGUUCGAGGACAAGCGAUACUACACUAACAUCCAGAUGGCGAUCGCAUGUGGCUUCUUCAUGCAGGUUGCGCACCGUGCAGGAGGCAACAAGAAGGCGUUCCAGACGAUCAAGGAUAACCAGGUGGUGUCGCCGCACCCGUCUUCGACACUCGACCACGCCGCCGAGUUUGUCAUCUACCACGAGUUUGUGCUCACCACGCGCAACUUUAUCCGCACCAUCACUGAAGUCAAGCCCGAAUGGCUGUACGACUUCGCGCCCGCUUACUUUGACCCCAACAACAUGGACGGAGAGGUCAAGCGCAUCAUGAGUUCGCUCAAGGCUAGCAAGGAGAAGGGUGCCAGCAAGCGCAGGUAG